AUGUUGAUUAAAGAGUACCGGAUUCUUCUGCCGUUGACGGUGGAGGAGUACAAGAUUGCUCAGCUUUACAUGAUACAGGUAUCGAGGUUAAGCUUAUUAUAUUUAAAAAUUUUUAAAAUUACAAUUUUAUAUAUUGGGACAUGUUGUAUAUUGAGUUUGUUUUGUAGAAGAAGUCACGAUUGGACAGCUCGGGUCAAGGAAGCGGCGUCGAGAUCAUUAAAAACGAACCGUACGAAGACGGUCCUGGUGGCAAAGGGCAAUAUACCUUCAAAAUAUAUCAUGUGGGCAACAGAAUACCAAGUAAGUUGUUUUACUCCUGGGAAUACUUCAUUUUGUAAAGGCAUCGUUAUUAGACGAACACGUAGAUACUAAUGGUCUGCGUAACAGAUCUUUUCAAUAAGUGUUCUCACCGGAAAAUAACCUGCUAACGACGUAUUGACACAAAUAAAUGAAAAUUCUAAUUUUUGAGUACAUUAAAAAACCCAAUCAAAAGCAAAAGAUACGUAAUCUAUACUUAAUUUGAUUCAAAGCAUUUCAAUAAUAUAUCAUUAUUGACUUCAGCAUGGAUACGAAACAUCCUACCGUCUUCUGCGAUGCAGGCCCACGAAGAAGCGUGGAAUGCAUAUCCAUAUACGAAGACGAGGUACUCAUGUCCAAUGUUGGACAGGAUCAGCGUAGAUAUGGAGACAGUUUAUGCCAAUGAUUCUGGAAUUCAGGAAAACGUCUUCAAGUUGAGCGAUGCUGAGUUGAAACAACGACAGAUAGGUAAAGAACUUGAUUAUGAUUUAUUUUUGAUUUAAAUUUAAAGAUUUUUUUUUAUUUUAAAAGUAAGAUUAAAACAAAAAAGAACAACAAAUCUAAAGUUAACCAAACGAGCCAAUCAAUGAGUUUUCAGAUGUGAUGGACUUCGUUAAUGACCCGAUCUCCACCCACGACUACACGGCUGAAGAAGAUCCCAAAUUGUACAUAAGCAAGAAGACGGGUCGAGGUCCUCUUCGCGAGAACUGGGUGGAGGAGUGCAUUAAAAAUGGCAAGCCGAUCAUGUGUGCCUACAAGUUGUGCAGAGUCGAGUUCAGAUAUUGGGGGAUGCAGACCAGGGCCGAACGGUGGAUCCACGAUCUGGCCUUUAGGGUAUGUUAACAUAAGUUUUAUUACAGUUUUGUUGCUUAAAGCGUUCUUUGUUUGAAUAUUAUAAAUUGUCUUAUGUUUUCCAGUACUUCUUUUACGUAUAUUGUUUUAGCGAACAUUGUUGACCGCUCAUCGACAAGCUUGGGCAUGGCAGGACGAAUGGGUAGGGCUGACAAUUGAUGACAUUAGAACACUAGAACAAGAAGCUGCUGCUUACUUGUCUCAAGUGAUGCAACCACUGGAAGAGAAUGCUCACGAUCCCACAGAUUCUGACGACGAUGAGAAGGACGAUAACACUGAUGUCUUCUUUGAUUGUUUCGACCAGUCGCCACCCAACUCAAAUAAACCUUCACUUAUACGGUGGAGUUCUGAGUUGCUGAUAGGUGAGAACGAUGAAAGUCCACCUCACACUCCACGGCCCGACAACUCGUCUCUUCUCAUUCUCGUAUUCCACGGUGACAUCUAUCCAGAAGUACGUUUCCAACAUUUUUAAAUGUAAUCCAAUGUUGCUUAUGUAACACAUGUGUCUUAAUAACAAACUAUAAAAAGAGUUUUAUUUUUUUUAGUCUCCAGCAGAUUCUAAAACAACAGAUGCUACUACGCUGAAGUCAACGUUGGAUACUCUGAUAACAAGUCACUAUCCUCAACUAAAAGGUCGUGUCCAUGUUCAACGGGUUACUUGUGGUCAAGAACUAUGUCAAACAGUGUUGUCUUUAAACGGAAUUUGUCCUUCUUUCGGUUCCUUUCAUCCUUCACUUGCUUUACUUCUGGCGUCAAGUCAACAAGCUUUCUUCGAAGUAUGUUUACGAGAAUCUUAAUUAGUAUUAGAGAUGUCUGUUGGUUAAAGAUUUUCAGUGAUAGAUGUAUAAAUAUUUUUAAUUGAUAAGAAUAUGUGACAGAGAUGUUAAUGAUAAAUUUUAAGGCAGUAAAUGGCACGAUUCUUCGAGCGAAUCAAGCGAUCGAGGACUUUUAUCACUCUGAAGCCGGUGCCAACUUCAAUGGUGAAAUAUUCAUGAUUGGAGAUUGUAUCGGCGGGAUCCUGAUGUACGAAGCUCUGAUUAAACAGUCUAAACCUCACCUACCGAUCUCUCGACAUUCAUCUUCUGUGUCCACGCAGUCGAGAAGUGCUAUUCCAGAAGGACUGGAAGCCGAUGUACGUUUUAGUUUUACUUGUUAUAUUUUAUGGUACGACAACCAGCUUUUAAAGUUAUCUUUAGUCAAAGCCGGAUCUGCCAUCACAAGCCGAGUUAGACGCCAAUACUCAAGAAAACGCAGACAUUGCACAUGCCAGUAGAAACUUCAUCAGGAACCUCUCUGCCCCACCAUCAGCUUCUUUUAUGCGCAAGAAGAUGUCGAUAUCUUCGGUCGAUACUGCCGUAAGUUUUUGACUGUUAUUCUAAUGUAACUUGCGAACUUAUUGUCAUUACUUUGUGUUGUAGGAGUUUACAACGAUGACUUCGUACACUACUUCACUUUCGUUCAGACCUGGUGUUGCUUUUUUGUUGGGCUGUCCGUUAGCGUUGGUUUUGGCACAAAGGAAAAUGCAUGGAAAAGGUGGGUAUCCUUAUUAACUUUACAGAUAUUUUAAUAUGCAUGUCAAUUUCUUAUAUUAUCCUUUAAUUGCAGAUGUUGACGCUCUUGAAUGCAACCAAUUAUUCAACCUGUUCUACACGUUGGACACUUGUGGAGCAAGGUUGGAGCCGGUUCUAAAUCCUCAAUUGUCGCUACUGCCAUGUCUGACGGUGCCACGAUAUCAGCGAUACCCACUGGGAGAUGGUCGUCAUAUAUUGUUUGACAACGCUUUAGAGACGUCCAUGUUGUGGGGUCCUCGGAGGGUGGAUCACGAGUUGUACUGUCCUCCUGACAUGGUUGCUGUAGCUGCGUCAGCGCUUCCGAAUAUUCUUCACGCGUCGUAUUGGGAGAGUAAAGAUGUUGGAGCCUUCAUUCUACGUCAAUUUGUUCGUAGUGAAGAUACUCACGUCUUCGCUUCGUUCUCCACUAAUGCAGCUUCGAUGAGUCCACUAAAUGCAGAGCUGCCAACGCCAAUGUGGUGUCGUCGAAGAACACGAUUCAAGGUAGGAUUGUUUUCAAAGUGAAAAGGUUGUAAUCAGUUAUAUUUAUAUACCAAUUCCAGAUUGCCAACUUAUCCCCAAACCACAGAGCGAACGAUCUGAUAACAGUUGAAGGUAACGAACAAGUAAUCCAUGCCCGUUUUUGCUACGGCCCUAUGGAUCUCGUAGCAUUGUCACGCGAAGAUGUUAUCGUAUAUGUUUGCCCGUACGGAGGCGAUUGGUACGAGCUCAGUACAGGAACGACAGAUUCACAUGGGAGACUUUUUGUAAACAUGAAUCAUUCUAAACUGCCUGUGGGUAUCCACUCUAUCAAGAUGGUGGUCAAAGGAGACCACACCUUCCUUAACAUGUACGUAGCAGUUGUUCCGCCUGCUACGCCGUGCGUCGUCUUCAGCAUCGACGGAAGUUUAACUGCUUCAGUUUCGGUAACAGGUCGUGAUCCAAGAGUGAGACCGGGAGCCGUUGAUGUGGUCAGAUUCUGGCAGCAAAAGGUUUGUGGCCAUGAUAGGAAACAUAUUUUUAGGGUUAUAUUGUGAUCUAUGUAACAGCUAGACCUGACAUGCAACAAAGAGUUGUCGGAUCGUGGUUGGCACAGCACAACUUCCCUCACGGAUUGUUAUUCUUCACUCCUUCGAUUUCCACUGAUCCUUUACGGUAUGUUACAUGAUUUUGUCGUAAGUUGCCUGCAUCGUUUUAUGUCGUUACUUUUUAUAUUUUUGUGUAUUUGUUGAGUUAGCUAGUAACUGAUGUUUUUUAGGUAUAAAACUCAACACUUACGACAUUUGGUAGACAUGGGUGUUAAAGUGCAAGCGGCGUACGGUAGCGGAAAAGACAUUGGAGUGUAUUCCGCUGCCGGAAUCGAUGGAGAACAGAUUUUCAAGGUACACGGAAGCAAGCGGCGAGGGUGCAUAUCACUGGAAGACGGCUAUGCGCAGCAUCUGCACGACCUCCACUCGGGUCGUGUGCCAUUGGCUCAAGCGGUGGUCAGCAACUCGUCGCUGGUGAUCGAGAACAACUUCUUCACGGCAACUCCGCAACAAUCAAGGUCCGUUUGCUCUAGGUCACGACCUCUCUUCAGAAACUUUGUCCAGAGAACCCACUCGUUCACCCCCAGAAGCGGCAAGUACGGUAGCUUCAAUCAUCAGAACAAGAAAAGUAGCCAGAGCUCCAUCUGCACACGAUGA